CCGCGCCGCUCUCCGCGAGCUGGAGGAGCCCCGCGGCGCCGACCCCGCCUCCUAUUGUCGCUGCGGCUGCAGCGCCUCGACAAUAGCGGCGCUGGGAGCGCUACGCCUGACCGCUGUCAGCGCUCCUCCCCCGGGGCCGAGCGAAAGGGGCGUCGCCGCCGCCGCCAUGGCCGGUUGUUGUCAGUCGCUGGCAGCGGGUUAUGGCGACGGCGGUGAAUGAAUUCUCCGGGAGGCAGAGGGAAGAAGAAGGGCUCAGCCGGCUCCAGCUCCGCGCCUCCCGCCGCCGGGGCCUCUCCCUCCGCGCCGUCCGGGCCGGCUCCCCCCGCGCCGCCGGCGGGGGCGGCAGCGGCGGCAGCGGCGUCCCCGCACAAGCGGAACCUGUACUACUUCUCGUACCCGCUGUUCGCCGCCUUCGCCCUGCUCCGCUUCGUCGCCUUCCAGCUCGGGCUGCUGGUCGCCUGGCUCUGCGAGCGCCUCUCCCGCGGCGCGCUCAUGGCCGCCAAGAGCAGCAGGGCCGGCGACGCGCCCGAGCCCGGCGGGGCGGCCGAGCGGGUGCGGGCGUGCCAUAAACGGGCCUUCGAGUGCAUCUCCAUGGCGCUGCGCAUCGACGAGGACGAGAGAGCAGGACAAAAGGAACAAGCUGUUGAAUGGUAUAAGAAAGGAAUUGAAGAACUGGAAAGAGGAAUAGCUGUCUUAGUUGUUGGUCAAGGUGAUCAGUGUGAUCGGGCUCGACGUCUGCAGUCUAAAAUGAUGACAAAUUUGGCAAUGGCCAAGGAUCGCUUGCAGCUUUUAGAGAAGCUGCAGGCAGAUUUGCAAAUUUCCAAGCCGCAAAUGGAGGUCUAUAAUGACAGUACUAACCUGGCAUGCCGCAAUGGACAUCUCCAGUCAGAAAGUGGAGCAGUUCCAAAAAAGAAGGAUCCCUUAACACACUCAAGUAAUUCCCUUCCACGUUCAAAAACAGUUGCAAAAACUGGAUCCACAGGCCUUUCAGGCCACCAUAGAACACCUAGCUACAGUGGGAUAUCAAGUGCUUCUGUGUCUAGACCAGCAACAAACACUGCAAGUUCAACUCACAAGGUUGCUCCUAAAAAUAGCAGAACAAAUAAGCCUUCUACUCCUACCCCUGCUGCUCGAAAGAAGAAAGACAUGAAAAUAUUUAGAAAUGUGGACAGUAAUCUUGCUAAUCUUAUCCUGAAUGAAAUAGUUGAUAGUGGGCCAGCUGUCAAAUUUGAUGACAUUGCAGGGCAGGAACUGGCUAAACAAGCUUUGCAAGAAAUUGUUAUCCUUCCCUCUCUUAGACCUGAGUUAUUUACAGGACUUAGAGCUCCUGCACGUGGAUUGUUGCUCUUUGGACCACCAGGAAAUGGGAAGACAAUGUUGGCCAAAGCAGUUGCUGCAGAAUCAAAUGCUACUUUCUUCAAUAUCAGUGCAGCAAGCCUAACUUCAAAAUAUGUGGGUGAAGGUGAGAAAUUGGUGCGUGCUCUAUUUGCAGUAGCCAGAGAACUGCAGCCUUCUAUAAUUUUUAUUGAUGAAGUUGAUAGCCUUUUGUGUGAAAGACGAGAAGGUGAACAUGAUGCUAGCAGGCGUCUAAAAACAGAAUUUUUAAUAGAAUUUGAUGGUGUGCAGUCUUCUGGAGAGGACAGAAUACUUGUGAUGGGAGCAACAAACAGGCCACAGGAGCUUGAUGAUGCUGUUCUCAGACGGUUCACCAAACGGGUAUAUGUAUCUUUACCAAAUGAGGAAACGAGAUUGAUUUUGCUAAAGAAUCUUCUAAGCAAACAAGGAAGUCCACUGACCCAAAAAGAGUUGGCACAGCUAGCAAGAAUGACAGAUGGAUACUCUGGAAGUGAUUUAACUGCAUUAGCAAAGGAUGCAGCACUGGGUCCUAUCCGAGAAUUAAAACCAGAGCAAGUGAAGAACAUGUCUGCCAGUGAGAUGAGAAAUAUUAAAUUAUCAGAUUUCACUGAGUCUUUGAAGAAGAUAAAGCGUAGUUUGAGUCCUCAGACACUGGAAGCAUACAUUCGUUGGAACAAGGACUUUGGAGAUACCACGGUGUGAAACACUACUUUAAGUGGAAUAAAGUGCUGCCUAAGGAGCAGGAGUACAGACUACUGGAAAGCAGCCAAAGUUUACAGGACUUGGCAGAUCUUUGAGUAUCUGCGUUAAAACUUGAGAAUAUGAAAAAAUUAUACAAUGUGAAAUAAAUCCAUCAAAACCUCCUUGCCGUUUAGUGAGGAUUUACACACUGUAAGUAAGAGCACAAUAGGACUUUGGAUAAGAUUCCUACCAAUCUGAUCAUAGUUUGAACAGUAUGCAUAUUCUGUUUCAGUUGGAAGGCUCUGAUGAUAUUGAUCAUUGGAAGACCUUUUCCCUAUGUUGUGUGUUAUUUUUGUUUUUAAUUCUGCCAUGACAUUGAUGUCUGGCUUCCUGAUAACUACUAAUAGUUGGAUUUUUUUGUAACCUUUGGUUCUGCUUUUGUGUUUUUUAUUUUACCUUUAAUGUGCCAAAUAAAACAAAUUCCCUGUGCAAAGAUGAAGAACAGCAUUGGGGGAUUACAGUUAUUAAAAUGUAAAAUGCAGCUGGUCUGUUAUUAUUUGUCUUUUUGUUUAGUUUUAUGUGAGUGCAUUGUUCACGGAACAGUUCUAAAAAAGACCUUUGAUAGCAGAACAGCAAAAAAGAAAAACUACAAAACCAAUUCAAACUGCUUUUUUAAGAAAAUGACUAAAUAAAAAGUAGACUAAGACGUUCAUUUACUGGCAGUAUUUUCUCUUAAUGCAAUUUGUAACGCUUCCAUUGGUAGAAUGUUAGCUUAUGCUUAUGGUGUGCAACUUGAAGACCAGCUGUUUGAGAGAGUAAGUGAUGCUAAUUGUCAAGUUUCAGAAAUGUGUUUCUACUUUGUAUUUUGGUCUGGCUACAGUCAUUGAAAGUGAAAUUUCCAUUGUGUAAUUUUUUUAAUCUACACAUUUAACCUUUAAACAUAAGGCUACAUGUUUAAUACAUUGCGAACAUUAAUGUUUUUAUAGCUUUCAUAUGUUUUGGUUUAUAUAUUAAAGUAUGAAACACUCAACUGAUCUGCUUUUUUUGAAAGAAACUGCAUCUUUGUACAAAUACUUGGAUUUUUAUUAUAUAAAUGACAAGCUAUUAAAAAAAUGUGAGCCUUUAAAUACUGUAAUAAAACAUCUCUGCCUUUACUUCUAAAGGCCUGACAGCGUUUACGAAUUCUGCAUCAAACACUGAGAUGUUUGUAAGGCAGAAUGCUAGUUUCUUGUUAGAACAGUUUUAAAAUUAAAAAGACAACUCUCCCAACUUAAUGAUAUUGCAAAGUUGUGUAUUGUUUACAGUUGUUUUAACUAAAUUCAUUUAUCUGUUUCAUUUUCUUUUGGUUUGAAUGGCACAUUUUGUCCUUUUAACUUUAUUGGAAGGAGUGAGUCUUAAAUAUUUCUGGGACUACUCAUUUGAAAAUUGACUGUAUUUUUGUAUAUGUGAAGAAACAUAACUGAUGCAGUGCAAAUAUAGUAAUACCAAGAGAGGGCUGGGUGUUCCAAAUACCAUGCAGUGAACUAGGCAGCUGAAGCUGUGUAAAGCUUUUGAGAUGUGUGUGUGCAGUAUGCUUGGGAUUUGUAUGUUUUUUUUAAACCAGGGAUGCUUUUAACUUUUUAAAUUGCUUUUUAUUUUAAUAUAAGAAAAGAUUGUGUUACACUAGUAUGCCUUUUGAAACUACUUCUAACCAAACCACUUCUAGCCUUCUAAGGGUAUGACUCUAUCAAAUGUGUGUCUGAUAUAAAUGAAAUGUGAUUUCUGUUACCCUGAACAACCUUCCCAGAGAAGAAAUGCUGAAAGAGUUUAGUUUUUCAGAUCUUAGUCUUGCUUGCUUUGCCUCAAUUCCACCUUCACUUGACUGUCCUUGUCUGAGAUUUCUGGCUAGUGUAAUAUGUAAUUGUCACAGACUUUGUUAAACACAGGUAUUACUGUUUUAUUACCAUGUGCCAAAUAACUAAACAGAUAAGAAAUGCCCUUGGUCUUCCUGUUGAUCAAGCUUGCAAUUUUUUCCUUGAGUUCCUUUGCAAAUGGGAACUCUGAGAUAACACUUCUGUGGUUGUAAGGGUUCUUAAGUAUUUUCUAUCAAACUCAAUUUUGCUUCAUUAAAUUUUGAGGAAUAUAGUGGUAUUAAUUUGGUAUUAAUUUCAAAUGAGUAUUGGCAGGUGACAUUUACCUAAAAUGUAAAGGUAGAACAUUGCAUCUGCUAAAACACCACAAGCAAGCAGCACAAAAGGUCAGAAGCCUGAGCUGCUACCUCAGAAAGGAAAAGAAAAACUGUUCAACUAGAGAGUGUCCAGUAAUGAUUUUUGGUGUCUAUCCUACCUUAAUUGUUUUCUAUGUAAUGGCUGAAUUGAAGCUCUGUGAAUGACUUCUGGAACACAGUAAAAAGAGCUUGAUUUUGUUCAUCUGUUUGCCCCAACAGUUGCUGUAUUUUUUUAGUCCAUAACCAAGUGCCAUUUGGUUCAUAAAUUACCUUUACAUCUCAUUUACAUUUACAGUAUUUCCUGAAUAGUCUCUCUUAAUAAUAAUUCUGUUCCUCUCAGAAUAUUUAAUCAUGUCUUCUGUUUUCUGAUGUUACAUACACUGAGUAAUUUCCAGCUCAGUGGUUUUCAUCUGUGUGCUAGAUUAACUGUGUAUAAAAGCAAAUCUAAAAACAAAGCAGGGAGAGGGGAACCCACAACGCUCAUAUUUUGUACAGAACAUUGCAACUGUAUAUGUCAUAAAAUCAGAUUAUGUUCUAAUACAGUAUCUUGAGUUAGGAUAAGCAGAACAACAGCUUGGAUGCUUUUAACCUUUGUAAAGGUUACGUUUGCAUUAACUCUAAACUGACUUUUUUUUCCCUCCCUGGAUGAAUCUGUCCACUGCUAAUGAAUGACUUGACCCACUUCUUAGAGAUGAUUAGGAAGCAGCUUGUCUAGCUUGCUGCACAUGUUUUUUACUGGCUUAAAAUUAAACUCUUACUGGAGGGAAGGAAAAAAAGUGUUGAGACUGCUGCUUUUUAAAACUAUCUUUUUUUGUGCAUCUUUGCCUGUUUUAUUAAGCAGGAAAUACCUGUUCUGUCUUUCUUUCUGUUGGAGGAGCAAUGUCUUUUAAGGCAGCAGGUUGCUUGAAGUAGUAUAUUUAUGCACUUGCAAGUCUUACCAGUUCUCUUACUUUGUCAGAAUUAUAGAAUUUAAUGCAUUAGGAACAGGCAAAGCUCCCCAAAGCUGCUUAUCAACUGUACUAAAGAAAGUCGGUCAGUGAUAGUUUUGUUGAAUAUGGCCUUGCAACUUGUAUUAUUUAGAUUCCAAAUGUAAUAGUAACACUUGAUAACUGGAACGGAAUCUGAAGUGGGAAGUCCUCACUUCACUAAUUAGAAGCAGAUGCUGAUUUCCCUGUUGGAUUCUUUUGAAUAUGAUUAAAAUGACAGGUUUUUACACAUACAACUUCUGUGACCAUUCAACUUACCUUCCAGUAUAGAAUAAAUUGGUAGCUUUUUCUCCUGUUCUUAACAAGCAAGUUCUAGCUGGCACAGCUGUUAAGUAGUACAUCUUGUGAAAUUUAAGUAUGGGGAAGUCAGAUACGUUGGCAAAUUUAACUGAAGUGUCUGCAACCGAUAUGGAAAGCAGCAUUCUGCUUAGGACUUCCUUAUCCACAUAUGGUGAAAUUUCUUGUGUGCUAGAGUCUUCUAUUGCUUUCCUACAGGACAUGGAUAAUCGCAUAGUUGUGCUUAAGUUUAGCUAUUCUAAUGCUUUAGUGAUGUUUCUGCAUGUGGCAGCUGUGGGAGAUGGCAAGCACUAUUGUAGGUUACAGAUCUUCAUUCAGUGAUAGUCUUAAGCUCCUGUAUUUUUAGUUCUAGGGACUUCUAUUUCUGACAACUGGUAGAAAGGUAACAAGCAGGCAGUAGAGAACAGUUCCCUUAAUCGUGCUUCUUAGAGGCAGUUACCUGUUUCGCUGUUAGGCUCUUUUGAGCUGCUGGUUGGUGUUGAAGGAUGUUGUUUUGCUUGCCUACUUAAGUCUCCAUGGUCAUCCUAAGAGAUGACCAGAUGACCAAUAGAUAAAACUUUAUAAAAUAUUUUCUUUUAAAUACUGUAACUAUAAUUCAAGAGGACAUGGAAGUAAACUAGUUUCCUGCAAAGACAGAAUCAUCUAAAGUACAGGGAAAUGUGUAUUAUAUUCUUCCUACUUCUCUUGUAAAUUACAAACUGUCUUGGUGUAAACUGUUUACUUUGUCAAUAACUACCUCCUCAGUUCAGCAAUAAUUGACAAGGUAGACAUUCCUCCAGUGGAUUAAAUGUAUUGGUUAAAUGCUGCGAGUUCUGUCAGUACCCUUCAGUUUCAUCUUUUUGAUUUGUAAGUUCUUGACAUGAUGUCUGGAAACAGGUGAUUAGUUAUAAGACUUUGUCUUCAUAAGAAAACAUUUGUGAAAGUUCUGUUUCAGAGACUGGCUUUGAAGAAGAUUAACUUCAUAGUUGAUUAAUGCAGAUUUAUUCUUUCAGGAAUGCUAAAGGCCUAGUCUUGGUUCUGCAGGGGUUGUUUUGUUUUUACCAUUUGAAGUGAGAAGUACUUGAUCUAAUGUUUGCGUAACUAUCAAAGGAGCUGAGAAUAUAGAAACUGUCUUUGUCACAAUUCAAAUUUUUAUUCAUGUGAAUUCAUUCAAUGGUUUCAAAAAUCUGAAUUUAAGUGACAAAAGUGAAAGGUGGAGGCGAAUUGCUAUGCCCUACCAUGUUAAAUACAGCGAAUAACUCCAGUUUGGGAUGGGGUUUAUUCUUGUCUUUUGUUGUGUUGAGGGAUUUAUGCUUCAGUGUUCCCUAAAGAACGUUUUCUGAAAUGUUGAACACCGCUUUAUUAAUAAGCAAUGUAAGACAGCAUGAUGAGCAGUCACAUAGCAUUAGCUUCACAAUAAAAUGUUGCAUUCAUCCUUUU